CUUAAACAUUUUCCAGACUACUACAGGGACAAAAGGAGCUACAUCUGCACUCUCCCUGGGCAUACCCACUCCUGAUGUUGUUCCUGCAGCACUUCAGCCAACAGGUGUAUCUGCUCCUCCUGCUGGACCCCAGUUAGCAGGCAUCCCCAGUUCUGCUGGGCAAGGACUUCACGUACCAACUUCACACACUUCAGCUCAUUCCAGGUCUCUGCACCCACCUUUUGCUCAGGAAAGCCUGCCCAGCACAACUGCACAUCCCAAAGUGGUGCAGACUGCUGUUUCUGAUGGGAUCCCAGCACACCUGGCACAGCUGCUGGUGCAGCAGUCGGGUACAUCACACCACACACCUACCAAAAACCUCAGUGCUAUCAGAACCGAUCACCUUAACGUGUUACCAUCAUUCCCAUAUUUGUCCUUCCUGCUUAGAAAUACCGAUGGCAUGCUAUGCUUGCUUCCCACACAGGAUUCCCCUUUGCCUAUGCAAUUCCCAAAUAUCAGCAUUGGGACUCUGGUUUCUGCUCAGCAAAUCCUCACAGUGUCAAAUGCUUCAUUAUUAGAUCUAGGGGACUUACCAAACAUGAGUUUUUCCAGCUUAAUCCUGGUUAAGCCCAUAUUUAUCCUCUUUCCCACCGACAGACCAGGCUUACAGGGGGGGGCCUCUCCUGAGGGUGAAGGCAAACACAAAACCCUCUUGUUCAGCAACCAGCGAGGUGUGAAUGCAAUUACUGCUGAGCACAGCCAUGACAUCCCAGUGGUGUCCGCACGCAUCCCCCGUACUGCCCCCAAAGCACCUCUCACAGCUGGGAAGUUGCUUUCUUUAUCACUACCAGCCGUAGGACUGCCCGAUCCCCCACUCCCAGCCCAGCCUCCGUUUGCAAUCGCAGAGGCAGUGGAUCCAGCUCAGCCCAGCAAGGAAGCAGCACUGCAAGGCACCGGCCUGGUCUCAGCCCCCGCACCGUCCUCUGCCCGUGUGCAGUGCGCUGAGUGUCUGCGCUCAGCCAGGACCACGAAUUACCCAUUGAGGCUGCCCACAAGCACUGUGCCUUUGCAGUCCACACCGCAAAGCAUCCUCAGCUCCGAGCCGCUCCAGAGGCUGCCGUCACCAGCUGGGAUUGCACCCAGCACCGUACCACCAUCCCCAGCGCCUCCCAUUGGCAGCGAAAGGAGAGGUUCAGCUGCGGGCAGCACCGCCUGUCCAGGACUGGCUCUGCAUCCCAGGGCAACACCAACCUCACCCUCAUCUCUAAGGCCCGACCUUGCCAAGCACCUGGAGUUCACACCCACUGUGCCCAAGCCCUCUGCAGCGAUGGAGACCCCAACACCAGUGCUGUCACCAUUUUCAGCAAAGGUUCACGUGAAAACAGCAGCAUCUGGGAAGCUGCUGGCUGCAGUUACCCGUCCGAGAAUGUACACCGGGUCCCCUGCAGGCCCGCCUUCCUCUGUGGCCAUGCACGUUCUCCUGCCAUCAGCCACAAAACACGACCGGAGCACCCGAGCACAGGGAAACGUGGGAGAAGAUGCAAAGCCAGCUGAAGUCAGCACGAGUGCAAGGAAAACAGGACUCGCAGGAAGCAGCACUCCUCUGCCAGCUGUGUUUAACUCGAGGCCGGAGCGGCACCCCGCAGCAGUGCAGGACAGCGAGGCUGCUUUAUCCCCAGUGCAACCUGCGUCCGCAGAAGCUGCGACUGAGACACACGGCUCCGCUGAGCAGCACCCUGGACCGCCUACAACAGGAUCGGCUGUGGGGCUGCUCCUGAGCACUGAGGAAGAAGAGGAGGUCGGACCCCGCGAGGUGACAGAAGAAGCAGCCGAAGGCUCGGUGACCGAGCUCACACCGCUGGGCUCACAGCCGGGAGAGCCCCGCCGCCGCAGCGCCGUGCAGCCGGAGGGCACCGUGCUGAGCGGCGUUGCAGUUGUCAGCGAUGAGCUCUGUGGCUCCGGGAACUACACAGUGCGGAUGACCCUGCGCCCUGUGGCAGACACCAGCCUGGGGCUGCAGGGCUCACCCCCCACCCAGGACACCUUCCUGGCUCUUGUAGCUGUGCAGAGCAGCCUCCACCCCGUGUUGCGGCUCCGUUCCUGCUGUGUGACACCAUCCAGCAGCCUGCAGGGCCCCAGCGCCGUGUGCUGCUCGCUGCCCAGGCUGCCAGCUGAAUGCAGACACAUCCAGCUACUGCCAAGCAGUGAACCCGGAGCUGCCAGCUUCACCAUCCAGCUGUUCCAGAUGCUAAAUCACUCUGUGGCCUACCUGCACUGUGAGCUCCAUGUCUGCCUGCAGGGCCACACAGGCUGUGAGCAGGAUUGCUUUGUUGGUGCAGAGCCACUCCUCCUGCCAGGGGACAGGAACAGGCAUGGGAACCCGCACAACCUGGUCUCGUUCGGCCCAGUUCUGAGAGCAAUGGACAGCUUAGAGUACAAACCUGCAGAAGGUGGGUCUCCUGCUUGCAGCUCUAUCCUGUGGAGUCCUCAGGGCAGGAGAGACGGGGAGCUGCUGGAGCGCAGCCAGAGGAGGGACACAGAAAUGGCGGCAGGGAUGGAAGCCCUCCCUGCGAGGACAGGCCAAGAGCUGGGGCUGAGCAGCACGGAGAAGAGAAGGCAAGAGAAGGAGAGCUGA